GUUUUGUUUUGUUGUCGAGUUUGAUGUGUGAUUUGUCGGUGUCCAGUGAAAAGAAUUAAUUACUUUUCAUUUGGACGCUGAUUAAUUAAUUAAAAGUUGUACGGAUAUCGACUUAGUAAUCGGUGAAGUCGAUUAAGUUUCAUCAUUCGGAUUAGAGGCAAACAUGGAGACCUCAAUGGGUCCUCCGCAGAAUGCUUCGCCACCAGUAGGAUUUCCUCAUCACCCUCCUGGACCACCAACUGGAAGGCAGGAAAACUUGAAUGCUCUUCAACGAGCUAUCGAUUCGAUGGAGGAGAAAGGAUUACAAGAAGAUCCUAGGUAUUCUCAAUUGUUGGCGUUACGAGCUCGUCACGAAAAUAUGGAACCUCCUCGUCAACCUAUGCCUCAGCAACAAGGACCGCCGAUGAAUACCGGAAAAUACAUCUUCACUCCGGAUCAACAACAACAACUUCGAGCCCAGAUUUUCGCUUAUCGAAUGUUAGCCAGAAACAUGCCCCUGAAUCCAGAGCUAAGUUUAGCCAUCCAGGGUAAAAAAGUCGAACCUCCUAUGGCCAUGCAAGGGCCUCCGGUCAACGGCGCACCUCCUGCGCCCUUUCCACCUCAACCACGACCUACAGGUCCUGAGGCUGAUCCCAAUCAACUCGUUAGACCAGUAGAACAACAUCCAAUUCCGAUUCCGAUUCAACCAGGUACAGUACCUGUAAUGAGCGGUGACCCUUCCGUAGCUGUUAAACCAAUGGGUCCGGGUCCUGCUCCGACGCCCAUUCCACCUACUCCAACGUUCCAACCAGUUGCCCAGCCUUCUGCAGCACCUACUCCUCCUGUAGCUCCUAUUCAGAAACAAAUUCGCGUCACUUCGAUUCCAAAACCAAUCGGGAUCGAUCCGUUGCAAAUUUUACAAGAAAGAGAAAACCGUACAGCGGCCAGAAUCGCACUACGGAUUGAAGAAUUGGAUAAUUUACCUACAAAUAUGCCCGAAGAUUUAAGAAUCAAGGCCGAAAUCGAACGCAGGGCUUUGAGAGUGCUCAAUUUUCAAUGGCAGUUGCGUGCAGAGAUUGUUGGCUGCGCUAGACGAGAUACUACUCUGGAAACAGCUGUCAACAUCAAAGCGUAUAAACGUAUCAAGAGGCAAGGUUUGCGAGAAGCCAGAGUUACUGAGAAAUUGGAGAAACAACAGAGACUCGAAGCUGAGCGUAAAAAAAGACAGAAACAUCAAGAAUACCUAAACACCGUUAUACAACAAGGCAAAGAUCUUCGAGAGUUCCAUCGUAAUCAUCAAACUAAAAUCGCCAAGUUGAAUAAAGCGAUAUUGAAUUAUCACGCCAAUGCCGAACGUGAACAGAAAAAAGAACAGGAAAGAAUUGAAAAAGAACGUAUGCGUAGACUUAUGGCUGAAGAUGAAGAAGGUUACAGGAAACUUAUCGAUCAAAAGAAAGAUAAACGAUUGGCCUUCUUGCUCUCUCAAACCGACGAAUAUAUCGGUAAUCUUACCGAGAUGGUUAAACAGCAUAAAAUGGAUCAACGCAAAAAACAAGAAGAAGAGGAAAAGAAAGUGAAGAGAUUGAAAAAGAAACAAAAACUUUUGGAAGCUGAACGUACGAACGAUUCUACCGUUCAUGUCACCGUCGUGGAAAUCGCCACCGGUAAAAUGUUGAGAGGAGACGAUGCCCCGUUGGCUAGUCAGGUUAAUGCUUGGUUAAAUUCUCAUCCUGGUUGGGAGAUCGUCGACGAUUCCGACAACGAAGAGGAUCAAGAUGAAGAUAGCAUGUCGAAAGAUAUUACCGAAGAUCGAGACGGAUUGGACGAAGGCAGAGCCAAAGAUGUUAUUCGAAAAGCCAAAGCUGAAGAUGACGAGUACAAAAAUGCUAAUGAAGCUAAUGAAGAGCAUACUUACUACAGUAUUGCUCAUACAGUUCACGAAUGUGUGACCGAACAAGCUUCCAUUAUGCAGAACGGAAAACUAAAAGAAUACCAAAUCAAGGGUUUGGAAUGGUUGGUAUCGUUAUACAACAAUAAUUUGAACGGUAUCUUGGCCGAUGAGAUGGGUCUGGGUAAAACUAUCCAAACCAUCGCUUUGAUCACUUAUCUCAUGGAAAGGAAGAGCGUCAAUGGACCGUUUUUAAUCAUCGUGCCCUUAUCUACGUUAUCAAAUUGGGCUGUAGAAUUCGAAAAGUGGGCUCCUAGCGUAUGCGUAGUGGCAUAUAAAGGAUCACCAAUCGCCAGACGUAUGUUACAAACUCAAAUGAAAGCAGCUAAAUUCAACGUACUGUUGACCACUUACGAAUACAUCAUCAAAGAUAAAUCCAUUCUGGCUAAAAUCCAAUGGAAACAUAUGAUUAUCGACGAAGGUCAUCGUAUGAAGAAUCACCACUGUAAAUUGACCCAAGUAUUGAAUACCUAUUACACGGCCACUCAUCGAUUGCUUUUAACCGGUACUCCUUUGCAAAAUAAACUUCCGGAGCUUUGGGCCUUGUUGAAUUUCUUAUUACCGUCGAUUUUCAAAUCCGUAUCGACUUUCGAGCAGUGGUUCAACGCUCCUUUCGCUACGACCGGUGAAAAGGUCGAGUUGAACGAAGAAGAAACGAUUUUGAUUAUUCGUCGUUUACACAAAGUAUUAAGACCAUUCUUGCUUCGAAGAUUGAAGAAAGAAGUCGAAUCUCAGUUGCCUGAUAAAGUCGAGUAUAUCAUUAAAUGCGACAUGUCCGGAUUGCAAAGGGUAUUAUAUAGACACAUGCACAGCAAAGGAGUUCUUCUCACUGAUGGUUCUGAAAAAGGUAAACAAGGUACCGGAGGAGUGAAAGCUAUGUCAAAUACUAUCAUGCAAUUGAGAAAAUUAUGUAAUCAUCCGUUCCUUUUCCAACACAUCGAAGAAAAAUAUAACGAUCAUGUUGGAUCGAGCGGUAUGGAGAAUGGACCUGAUCUGUACCGAGUCUCGGGUAAAUUCGAACUACUCGAUAGAAUCUUACCUAAACUGAAAUCGACCGGUCACAGAGUACUGCUGUUUUGUCAAAUGACCCAACUAUUGACCAUCAUGGAAGACUACCUGAAUUGGCGUAAAUUCUCCUAUCUACGUUUGGACGGUAUGACCAAAGCUGAAGAUCGUGGAGAUCUAUUAAAAAAAUUCAACAGCCCUGGCAGCGAAUACUUCUUGUUCUUGUUAAGUACCAAAGCCGGAGGUCUCGGUUUAAAUCUGCAGACUGCCGAUACCGUUAUUAUAUUCGAUUCGGAUUGGAAUCCUCAUCAGGAUUUACAAGCUCAAGAUCGUGCCCAUCGUAUCGGUCAGAAAAACGAAGUACGUGUGUUACGUUUAAUAACCGUGAACUCGGUCGAAGAACGUAUCCUGGCUGCAGCUCGUUAUAAGUUGAACAUGGACGAGAAAGUUAUUCAAGCUGGUAUGUUCGAUCAAAAAUCCACCGGAUCUGAAAGACAGCAAUUUCUGCAGACCAUUUUACAUCAAGACGAUGCCGAUGACGAGGAGGAAAACGAAGUACCAGACGAGGAAACGGUGAAUCAAAUGAUCGCUCGAAGUGAAACCGAAUUCGAAACUUUCCAAAAAAUGGAUCUAGAAAGACGUAGAGAGGAUGCUAAGCUCGGCUCGAAUCGUAAAUCGCGUUUAGUCGAAGAAACCGAAUUACCUGAUUGGUUGCUCAAAGACGACGAUGAGGUUGAAAAAUGGACCGCUGACGAAGAUCAAGAAACAUUGAAUCAAAGUAUGGGACGUGGAUCAAGAGCUCGUAAAGAAGUUGACUAUUCUGACAGUUUGACCGAAAAAGAAUGGCGCAAGGCUAUUGGUGACAUUUACGACGACGAAGAUGAUGACGAUGACGAAGAGAUUAGAACCACAUCGAAGAGGGCGACGAGAAAACGAAAGAAACGAGGUUCCAUUAUCGACGAAGACGAUGACGAUGAUGAUCCUUCGGUAUCGUAUCAGAAAAAGAAACGCUCGGGCUCGGAUAAGGUCAACGAUGAAACAAUGAAAAAACAAAUGAGACGUAUUAUGGAUAUCGUUAUCGAUUAUAAGAACGAAGACGAUCGAGUGCUAAGUGAACCGUUUCAAAAACUACCUUCGAAAAAGAAAUUCCCAGAUUAUUACCAUACGAUUAAGAAACCCAUCGAUAUUAAGAAAAUUAAUACCAAAAUCAACGAUGGCAAGUACUCAUCGGUGGAUGAAUUAGAAUAUGAUUUCAUAUUGUUGUGCAAAAACGCCCAAAGAUAUAACGAAGAUCAAUCGGUAAUAUUCAACGAUUCGGUCGAACUCGAAAAAGUCUUCAUGGAUGCUAGAAACGAAGUGGAAAACUCUUCUUAAUCACUUCGAUUUUAUUUUAUGGAGUAAUAUUUUUUAAUUCUACGCGUAGUGGAUCUACAAGACAGCUUUUUUCAAAACACGAAUGUUUGUAUUUUAUAGAUUUAUUUUUUUUGUAUGUAUUUUGGUGUAUUGAACUGGUUUUCGUGGGUAUUCUAUUUUAAUGUAACGUGUAAGGUUUUAGUUUUUUAAUUUUUGUAUAGUUUUGCAUUUUUUGUUGUAUUCGUGUACGCAUUAAAGCAAAUUCAAUUUUA